AUGGCGAAAAAAACGCGCAAAAAAGAAGCGCGCCAGGCGGCGCGCGCGGAGCAGGCCCCUUCCCGCGGGAACCCCCGUCCCCCUUCCACGCCCUCCGCGGGGGGAAAAUCCCGUCCGACGAAUCGAAGCGCCCUAAAAGGCCCCGUCGUCGUGUACGGCGAGGGCGCCACGCCGGGCCGUCGGGAUUCCGCGAACCCGCGCGACCCCCCCCCCUCCUCCAAACGCAUUUUUCCCGCCGCCUCGUCGGCGUCGGGGCGUCAAAACGCGAGCAGCGCGGCGCAGCGCCGGCGGGUGCUCCGCCACCACACCGACGACGACCUCCUCUCCCAUUUUCGCUCGCAACUCCACGCGAGCACCUUUCGCUUGCUCAACGAGCAGCUCUACAACGCGCCGAUCGCGUUUGCCCGCCGCCUGCUCGCGGAUCGCGCGACCUUUGAGGAUUACCACGUCGGAUACCGCCAGCAACUCGCGCGGUGGCCUGUGAAUCCGAAUGAGGUGAUCGUCGCGGCGCUGUUAGGGGAUCGCCGCGGGCGGUUUCUCGCGCAUAAAGCGAAAGGCAUGCCCGGGAGUUUGCCCGCGUCGUGGGUGGUGGCGGAUAUGGGGUGUGGCGAGGCCGCGAUCGCCGCCGCGUUGGGGCCGCGGGGUUACACCGUCCAUUCCUUCGAUCUCGUCGCGUUGAAUGAGCGGGUUACCGUCGCGGAUCUCGCGGCGGUGCCGUUGGAAGGGAAUUCCGUCGAUGUGUGUAUCUUUUCCUUGAGUUUGAUGUCGACGGAUUACGAAAAAGGGUUGUUCGAGGCCUUUCGGAUCCUGAAGCCGAAUCGGCUGUUGAAGGUGGUGGAGGUUCGCUCGCGUAUCCCGUCCGCGAAGAAGUUUGCCGAGAUGGUGGAAAGCAUCGGGUUUACCUUGGAUUAUCAGGAUGUCGUCGGGGAUUACUUCGUUGCGUUUGAUUUUCUAAAAAACAACCAGGAGGAUGCGAAUCCAAACCUCGCCCACCCGCCCGGUGAGGUGCUGUUGCCCUCGUUGUACAAGAAACGUUAA